UGUCCCAGCUCGUAACAACCGAGCUGAUCAGUCGCCACACUCCACUCCAUAGUGGCAUAGUCCACACCACUCUGCCACUGAGCUCGUCCAAGAACGCAAGGCAAAGCCACCGAGCUCUACCGCCGGCUAGCUAGUGGAGUGGUAGAUCGAUGAUGCCUUCGACGGCCCGCGUUCUGUCCGCCGCCGUGACGGCCCUCGUCGCGGCGCUCGCGCUGGGCGUCCCCGGCGCCAGCGCCACCCCGGAGACGACGUGCGCGGCGGCGGCGGCCCGAGACCGGCGCGUGGACUACGGCUUCUGCGUGUCGCGGCUGAGCCACCACCACGACAGCCCCGACGCGGACACCUGGGGCCUGGCGAAGGUGGCCGCCGACGUGGGCGUCGCCACGGCCGGGGACGCCGUCUACGACAUCAAGGCUCUGCUCGCCAAGCAGGGCGCCGGCGACGCCGGCAAGGCGCGGGCGGCGCUGGAGCAGUGCCGGGGCCUUUACGACGCGGCGGAGCUCGCGUUCGCGGAGGCCUACGACGGCAUCAACCGGCGCGACUACGCGGCCGGGAAGGAGCACGCCGCGGAGGCGGCGUCCCUGGCGCGCCGGUGCGGCGGAGCCUUCGCGCGGGCCGGCGUCCCGCCGCCGCCGCAGGUCGCGCGGUGGGGCGACGAGUCCGCCAAGAUCGCGGUCGUCUGCACGGCCAUCACCGACCUCAUCAAGUGAGUGGUGCCAGCGGCCAGCCUGCCAGGUGACGCAUUUGCUGGCUGCGUAGCGUCGCGAUCCGCCGGCGUGAGUGUUCUGAUGCGCUGGUUACACCCCCCGGAGUAACGCGGUCGUACGUGAUGUGGCAGUUACCCGAGCUCGUUGUCGCUAGAAAUUGUGAUGGAAUAAAAGCGUUUCGUUUCCGGUUACUGUUCCUGUUCAUCUCCUUACUUUGCUUUAAUGAAAUGAUGGAACUAAAUGAACUGGUGCAUGAUGUUUUUUCUUC